CAUGUUCACUUGUACAGUGAAGCCAGGUUCAUGAUGAUGUGGCCAUGACUCCAGAGUAGAAUCCACAAGGCUCAUCCUACUGCAAUUACUGCCAUCUAUUUAUCAUCAGUUCCUGUUGUCUUUGACUCAUGGAAACCACUGGCCAUUGGGAUAACAGGCCAUUCAAUGGCAGCACCUAUGAAGCUGCGCUUCGGAACAACUCCAAUUCCAGUAAUCAGUUUACUGGUGUGCAGCUGAUCCAGUCUUUCAAGCCCCUUCUGAUCCCCUGCUACACUUUAGUGGUGCUGGUGGGAAUCUUUGGCAACUAUCUUCUCCUUUAUGUCAUCUGCAAGACCAAGAAAAUGCACAACGUUACCAACUUCUUCAUCGGCAACCUGGCUUUUUCGGACAUGCUGAUGUGUACCACCUGUGUCCCUUUUACCCUGGCAUACGCCUUCAACCCCCAGGGUUGGAUCUUCGGCAAGUUCCUGUGCUAUUUUGUAUUCCUGAUGCAGCCCAUGACAGUGUAUGUGUCUGUCUUCACCCUCACAGCUAUCGCGGUGGACAGAUACUACACCACUGUGCACCCUCUCAAGAAGCGCAUCUCGUUCAGUACCUGUGUCUAUAUCAUAGGUGGCAUCUGGCUGCUCUCUUGUGCUCUGGUGGCCCCCGCUAUUGUCCACACCUACCACGUGGAGUUCCAGAAGGAAGGCUUUGCCAUCUGCGAGGAGUUCUGGAUGGAGGAAGAGAAGGAACGCCUGGCAUACGCAUACAGCGCCUUGAUAAUCACUUACAUCCUGCCCCUUUCGGCUGUCUCCCUCUCGUACAUCUGUAUCACUGUGAAGCUAAAAAAACGUGUGGUGCCCGGCCACCUGACACAGAACCAGACCGAGUUUGAUCGUGUGCGGAAGAGGAAAAUCUUCCGCCUUCUCGUGCUGCUGGUGGCUGCCUUUGCCAUCUGCUGGCUCCCCAUCCAUGUUUUCAACAUCAUCCGGGACAUAGAUAUCAACCUGAUCAACAAGGAUUACUUCCUCCUGAUCCAGCUGCUCUGCCACUGGUUUGCGAUGAGCUCCUCCUGCUGUAACCCUUUCCUCUACGCCUGGCUGCAUGAUCGCUUCCGGAGUGAGCUGAAAGAGAUGUUCACCUUCAAACAGAAGAUCAUCCCGACCAAUAACUGUGUCGCUGUUAGCGUGAUGCUCUGAGAGCUCAGAUCUGUGCUCCACUUUGCCACAUGCAUUGCAGUGAGCAGGAAACUGGUCCUCGUCCAAUAUA